AUACGCACUCAGGUAGGAAAGGUAAAGCAAAUGAUGUCAUUGGCGCGCUAUAAAAAAUAACACCAGGAAAAAUUCCCUCUAGACACAUUCCUGUCGCGUCGACCUUAACAAGACACCGGGGAUGAAAUCGUUCAACAUGGACAGUUGUGUCCGACCUCGCGCGGAUUCCGGCACGGACAUGGAGGACGAUAAGCGGAGACUGGUCAGUAAGCAGGGGAACUACCGGGUCCGACUGGAAAACGUGGACACGAACAUCCUGAAGAACUACCUCAGGGACGCCUUCACAACGCUUCUGGACGCAAAAUGGCGCUGGAUUUUACUGAUCUUCGUAAUGGGAUUUAUUCUGACUUGGACGGUGUUCGCUUGUUUUUAUCUGUUGUUUAGUUAUAUAAAUGGGGAUUCUCUAGAUACCCUAGAUUCGUACGACCACGAUCACUGUAUCACAAAUGUGUAUGACUUCACCACAGCUUUCCUCUUCUCUGUGGAGACACAGCACACUAUAGGCUAUGGUUCUCGGGCGUCCACAACCGCCUGCCCCCAUGUAGUGCUUUUAGUUUUCCUUCAAUUCAUCUUCGGGAUCGGGGUACAGUGUCUGACCGCUGCUCUCGUGUUCACAAAGCUACAAAGAUCAAAGAAGCGCGGGGAUGCUAUAAUAUUCAGUCAGCAGGCGUGUAUGGGGAUUGUUGACGGUAAAUGGCAGCUCAUGGUAAGGGUGGGGGACUUCAGGCGAUCUCAUCUUGUGGAUGUUAAAGGGGCGGGGAAACUGAUCAAGAGAACUCCAAUCUCAAACACAAACCAAGAGUUCCUAGACUUAGUCCCCAUCGAUUUUAAAUCGGAGGGUGGCGGUGACACCCUGACUCUUUUGUGGCCCGCCGUAUUGUAUCACACAAUCGACGAGAACAGCCCAUUAUGGCCUCCCGAAAACCUCCACCUGUUCGGGGAUUUCUCGGAAUUGAUUGUGACGAUAGAGGGCGUGAUAGAGUCGACGAGCCGCGUGAUACAGGUUCGAACCUCCUACCUUCCCGACGAGAUCGUGAUGGGGUGUAAGUUCCAGACGAUCAAUCCGGGCAUCGACGAAGACGGCAAGUACCACUGUAGCUACUUUGACAUCAACACCAUGUGUCCCGUGAUGCAGAAUACCCCGCGAGGGAGAAGGAGGGUAGACUACCUUAACGAACAAUUCAUGUAAUGGGGAACAUCUUAAAGGGAGGCGAAGGUUGGACUACCUUAAAGGAUCAAAUUCGUGAAAAAGGGAAUACUAAAGAGAGAGACAUAGAGUAGGUUACAAUUCAUGUCGAGGAUAACUUCCAAAAGGGAGGCAGUAGAGUGAACAACCUUAAAGUAACAAAUUCAUGAUCAUGUGUUGGAGAACACCCAAAAGCGAGGUGAAAGGUGAACUACCUUAAAGUAACAAUUUAUACUGAUGGAACACCAGUAAGGGAGACGGGGUACUAGUGAUGCUGUAUGUACUGUUAUAUAAAGAUAGCAUAUACUGAUGCUGACUACUAGUGAUGCGGUAUGUACUGUUAUAAAAGAUAGCAUAUACUGAUACUGACUAGACCUUACCCCAAUACACAUCCCUGGAGUAUGUGUUCGCUCAGACAGUGCUAGUCAUCAAUGUCUCCCGGCAGUGUUUACUACAGAAGUGAAUCAUUGUGAUAGAGACAUCUUACUUAACAGUCUUAUUCUAUACAGUGUCUAUAUGUGAAUACUACAGUACGUGCACUAUUAGUUUACCAUACACCACUAUACUAGUGGUUGUAUAUACGGGACCGAGUCGCAGUGAGGACGUGUGACGUCAUGUAGAGGACAUCACGCGGACGACCAAUCACCGCGCUCAUCUCUGUCAGUAUUGGACCAUUUCCUCAUCGAUCACAAGUUUUAUUGUGGUUGCCUUACUGAACUAUCAAGAAAUCGUAUAUUAUUUUACGUAUAUAUUUGUGCCAAGUUUUGUUCUCUAUCAACUGAUAUUUUAUAAACUUUCAGUAUCUAAUUGUUAUGUGACAGUUAAUGAGUUAUUUAUUAUAAAAAAAACCGCAUUAAAUCAUUACAAAAAUAUCAAAUAAAUGAAUGAAUAAAA